UUUUUGAAAUACUAAUAAAAACUUGAUAAAAAUUACUAGUUACAACAAGCCUAGAGUUGGGCAUUGUUGUAAAUGGCAGAUAAGGAGUCUCAAAAAUUAAAAGAUGAAAACCAAAAAAAAGGAAUUCUAGGAAAUCCAAAAAAUAAUUUGCUUUCCGGUUGUUGUCAGGGUAACGCUUUGUUAUCAAGUUUUAUGGAAAAUAUGAGUGCAUGUGGUAUUGGAAUAGUUGUUGUAUUACUUGCAUUAUACAUUAGUUUAUUUGUGUCAAUGAUUACUAUAGGAGCGUUGAAUAAAGAUAAAUGUCAAAUAGAACCGAUGAUUCCAAUUUAUUUGAUUGUCUUUGGAGUAACAGCCAUUGUGUUGGUACUUGUCUUUUUUCUUGUUUUUUUAAUGCCAAUGUUAUGCUAUGGUUUAGCAAUACUGAUAUCGUUAUUUUUGAGUUGCUGGUUUAUUGCAGGCAAUGUGUGGGUGUUUAAAGCCUAUACACAUAGAGAUCAAUGUGAUAAGAAUGCGUAUUAUUUGGCUUUUUGGACUAUUAUUUUAUCGUAUAUAAGUAUGAUUUUGAAACCAGCUUCCAAUUUAAGGUAUAAACUGUAACCUUAAAUUCAAUUUUUUUAUAAACUGUAUUUAAGUUUAUUGAGUAUAUUAUAAAAGUAUAUUAUAAAAGUAUAUA